AUGUUGCUUCCUCGACCCGUCACUCCUGCUAUACGCUCUACUUUGCGUCCCACUACUCGCUCAUGGAAGCACUCGGUAUGCUCUGUUCGUCAACCGCUUUUGCGAGCUGGAGUGGCCACGAGCGGCCACUUCAAACUGCCAAAUGCUCGGAAUGAAGAGAAUCUACACUAUGCGAAAUCAUCUCCGGAGAGGGAACAUCUCGAGGUAGCUUUGAGCACACUGCGCUCCAAGCUCCCUCUACAGGUGCCGCUCUACACGUCUGGCACUUCUAAAACGACCGAGCAGACAUCGAUAUCAACCAUGCCAUCAGAACACACUCAGGCAUUCGCACAGUCGAGCUCUGCAAGCGCAGAAGAUGUUGAGAACGCCAUCAAGUCAGCAUUGGAAGCCAAGAAGUCAUGGCAGAAGACGCCGUUUGUGGAUCGUGCAGCAAUCUUCCUCAAGGCUGCGGAGCUCGUGGCUGGGAAGUACAGAUAUGAACUGAUCGCUGCGACAAUGCUCGGUCAAGGCAAGAAUGCGUGGCAGGCAGAGAUUGAUGCUGCUGCUGAACUUGCUGACUUCUUUCGCUUUAAUGUCUCGUAUGCCGAAGAAGUCUACAACAAGCAGCCGACUCUGAAUGCACCUGGAAACUUUGGUCGAACCGAUUGGCGACCGCUUGAGGGCUUCGUGUAUGCUAUCUCGCCUUUCAAUUUUACCGCCAUCGGUGGUAAUCUCAUAUCUGGUCCAGCCAUCAUGGGCAAUGUCGUGCUUUGGAAACCUUCACCAACAGGCAUCUACGCGAGCUGGCUGGUUUAUCAAAUUCUCCUUGAAGCCGGGCUUCCACCCAACGUAAUCCAAUUUUUGCCAGGCGAUGCAGAGCUCAUUACUAAGACCCUGUAUGAGCACAAAGAGUUCUCAGCUCUGAACUUUACCGGAUCCUCAGACGUGUUCCGCAGCCUCUACGGUAAGGCGGCGGAAGGAGUUGUCAGUAGAAAAUACCGCGACAUGCCACGCAUGGUUGGCGAGACUUCUGGCAAAAAUUUCCACCUCAUACACUCGUCUGCUGAUAUCAGCAACGCUGUCAAACAUACUGUCAGAGCCUCAUUCGAGUAUUCUGGUCAAAAGUGCUCCGCCUGUUCUCGUGUCUAUGUUCCUCAAAGCAAAGCGCAAGACUUCCUCAAGCAGAUCAAGGAAGAGAUGGCACCAGUGAAGGUUGGACCGCCAGAGGACUAUGAGAACUUCCUGGGUCCGGUGAUCCACAAGGCCUCGUUCGACAAGAUUGCAGGUAUCAUUGAUAAGUCGAAUGACGACAGCAGACUACAGAAAGUCUUUGGAGGCACAUACGACGGAAGUAAGGGUUACUUCAUCCAGCCGACUCUCUAUGUCGCCAAAACCCUCGACCAUGAGUUAUUCGAUCAAGAAAUCUUCGGCCCGGUGCUGGUUGCAUACUUUUACCCUGAUGAAGAGUUUGAGCAAGUGAUGGCGAAAAUUGAUACACAAGGAGGUGGUUUUGCACUGACAGGAGCUAUCUUCGCGAACGACCGUGAGAUCCUUCGUCAGGCCGAAGACACAUUACGAUACUCUGCAGGUAACUUCUACCUCAACUGCAAGACCACCGGAGCAGUCAUUGGUCAUCAAUCGUUCGGUGGAAGCAGAAGCAGUGGCACAAACGACAAGGCCGGAAGUGCGAACGCCUUGAUGCGGUUUACAUCUCCGAGAACUUUGAAGGAAGAGAUGAUUCCGCUGCAGUCUGUACUCUAUCCUAGUAAUCUUGCUUGA